ACUGCAGAUUUAUAUAAAAUCUAUAUUUAACAGAAAUUUUAAUAAAAUCGAUCAAAUUAGCGAAGACGCACACCGUCUAUCCAUCGGGUAUUGAACGCAUUAUUUCAAAUGUGACAUUAUAAAAAACGAAUACAUCUACAAAACACACACAUACGCCAAAUUGAUCUGUUAACCACCUGGUUACCGCUACUCAACAAUAUGUUUUUGACUCGUGUAUCUAGAAGUGAGUGGCGUUUCAUAUCGUUUGGAUGUUAGUUAGUAGUUUUAGCGAGUGACUCCAUCAGCGAGCAAACAAUUUAUUGAACAUUCAACAGAAACAGCAAUACAAGUGAACACACUAUUUUUGUUCACAGUGAUCGAUAUUAGAAAGAAAAUAUAAAAUUUAUUCCAAGAUUUUAAAAAUAUGUAUAUCCAAUGAAUACGAUCAUUUCAGUGGCCAUGCAAUAUUAAGAGCUAAGUUUUUUUUAGUGUUUGAGUAAGUUUUAAUGAAAACGACAGUUAGAAUUACAACAACCACACAGAAUACAAUAGAUUAACGUGCAGCAGUGAUAUAAUUGCGUGCUAAGAAUUCGACAAUUCCUUGAACAAACUCGACUCGGUUGGAAUAAAUAAAUAAAUUGUUUCUACCUUUUCAUUUUGUUAGUGAUUAAUUAAUCGGCCAGUGAAUAAAAUAAAUCUUAUCGAAACGUUGUGUGAAACAAAUACAGCAGCAAUCCAAAGUUUCCUUUAGUCCAAUUCGAAGUGAUUUCAUUUUAAAAUUCACAAAAAAUAACCAAAAGUACCUACGGACAACGCAGGCCAACGGUACGGAAAAGUUCGGGAUUACCAAUUAUUGAAAUAGCUGUUUUUGGGGAGAGCAUUGAUCAGUUUCCAAAAUGAGCAAUAACCGCGGUGGAUUUUUUUCAUUGAAUCGACUGUUGGGUAGAAAACAGAAAGUCGAUAAGCAUUCUUCCUUUAAUGGGUUUCCAAAAACAUCGGUUCAAACAUUAACAAGAUCAAGCACGAACUUAGAAGAUAUUUCACCACAGAACAAAAUCACUCCGCUGACGACUGUUCACAAUGCACCAUUCGAACAGACAUUCCGUAUAACCGUGUAUUUGCCAAUGAACCAGUUGUAUGUUAGUCGCAUCGGUGCCAAAACCAAACUUUGUGAACUUUUGGACAUAAUUUGCAUGAACAAACUACUCGAUUCAAACAAAUUUGAAUUCAGGCACCCUGCGGACGACAAUCAAAUAUUCGAUUUGAACUUCACGAUUGGUGAAGUAGGAUUGAGUGAAAUAAAAUUGGCCCAUAAGAAUGGCAAAGAAGAUACUAUUGUGAGAUAUCGUAUAAACACUAGCGGGCACGAAAAUCGUUCGCGACCGCACACAAUGUCAACGGUAUCUCCAUACAGUUCAACGAAUUCUUUAAAUUCAUCCGAUUCAAUGGGCAUAGUAAUAAAUCAUCGGUUGAGCAAUGGACACGUUCCAGCAGUCCCGGGUCGAAAGAAGCGCAUAGCACCGCGACCACCUAGUCAAAAUUCAAUAUCCGAAGAUCCUGAACGAAAAACAAUCAUGGAAAGAUCCAAUUCACAGAUUGAUCAAACUGGACUAAAUAGAUCUAGUUUAAAUCGUCAACAUUUCCAUGUGUCAUCACCAAAUCUUUCAAUGAAUAACAAUGCAACGUUAAAGUCAUAUUUUAGUACCGAUACGUCUAUUUCUAACAGUUUAGAUGGUAGACAAGUGAUAAUUAAUGACAAAAAAGCAGUAUCAAGUCGUCCGUUGUCAGUUCAGCCGAGAAACUCCACAAUAGAAAUUAACGAGCCUAAAUAUCGACGGUCCGAAAGCAUUAACUCAAUCGGCAACCAAAGCCAUUCGAGAACUUCGAGCGAAACUUCGGACAUCACUAGAGAUAGUUUCCCAGAACCCCAGCCACGGAAACGCUUUCCCCCAACAGGUAAAAAGAAAGCACCUGCCCCACCACCAAGAACUGUAUCGAGUCACAAUGGACCCAUUGCUACUCCAAGAUGCCUACAAAAGCUAAGUGAAGAGGAAAUGAAAGAUGAGAAUGGAAAUAUUGAAUCCGUUAAUUUGGAAAACGUGCAAAGAACAGAAUCAAAACCAAUAAUAGCGGCACCAUUUAAAAAUCCAACAAAUGUAUCAAAAAUUAUGUUGAAUGUAAAUGAAACAGAAACGGAAACAAUAUCAACACAAAACACCAAAACAGAUAACGACAUUCAAAAUGUGGUCAAUUAUGGUGUAUCUGCUUGUGAUGAAAAUCUUCGUAACUCUGGAAUACAAGACAAAUAUACAUCGGAUGGGAAAAUUGUCGACGGUAAAUCUAACAAAACAAAGCCCAAGAAAAUUUCGGUGGUCAAUUUUAGUAUUUCGUGUAUCGAGCAUGAUAUCGAUCCAAAUGAUAUCUCUAAACAAGUUAAUGAUAUCAUCGACGAAGCCGUAAAAAUAAAUGAAGCAAUGUUAAAUGCAAAAAAUGAACGAAAAAAUGAAGAAGUUAUUACAAAAACCAAUGAAAUGAACAACAAUAAUAAGAGCAAGUUUGGCCAAACUAUGUCUGAGAAAGAACCCAGCAGUCAAUCGAAAAUCCAUUCAAUAACAAAUUCGAAUCCAGAAAGUGGUAAAACCAUUGCUAAAAGAAAUAUUUCCCCUGAAGUUCCAAUUCAGCCGAUUUUGAAUGAAGUACGAACGUUUGAUUUCCAAGAAUAUAGCGACAAUUCAUUGCCAGCAAGUAGUACGACAAGUACAUUGAAUACCACUGAAACACCAUCAGCAGGUCCGGAUAGCUUGAUUACAUCUGAUAUUGAAGAUGGUUACAAGGGUAACGAAGUGGAGAAAAAGCGAAGGACCGAAACUACAUAUGAAGAAUCUAAGGAAGAUUUUAUUGAAAGUCAAUUUGGGUUCCUGAGUGAGCAUUUAGAUAGCAAAACGAACGUUGAUAGUGAUGAUGAAAAAACCAUUGAAUCUAUUAAAACACAUAACAUCGUUUCAUCAACAAUGAUAAACGAUAAAUUUGGCGAAACAUUCAAAGUAUCACCCACUGUUGAGAAAAGAGAUGUCAUAGAUGAGUUAACCCAAAUUAUCAAUUGCAAUCGGUUGGAAACAUUCAUGAAACCAAGUAAUGACACAAAUAAACUUAUUGAAGUUGGUAAACGGAGCUCAUUGACUAAUUUCCAUAUUGGUGCCUAUUCGAACAGUAGCAAUGAAAAGAAUAGAACAGCAGAUAUAACCUGUGCAACUGAUAUUUCAACAAACAUAGAUAAAAUUCCCGAGCAACAGAAGACCACCAAAGACCCAAAUGUGACUCAAGAUGAUUCACUAAAGAUACCUAAAAUAUCAGAUGAUACAGAGAAAAAUUCAGAAACAUUUGUACCUAAGCCAGUUGGUCGAUCUAUGUCAUUCCAUUCAACAUUCGCUGGAUUUAUUGAUCGUGAAGAUAACCAGAACAAUACAAACAUGGCAAUAGAUUUAUCUGGAGCGCGAAGUUUUUCGUACAUAUCACUAAAUGAUAUUUCAAAAGACGAAAAUUACAAUCACCGAACAACGACAGCAAUAAUGAGUGAAUUUAAUGAAUCAACACGUAAAAAGUCUGCAUCAGAACUUAGCAUUGCUGAUACGCCUUCAUUGCAGUCAAUUGAAAUAAUGAAAUCAAUUUUGAAUAACUCACGCUCGAUGAAUUUGGAUUGUACGUCAGAAACUGAUCGGAAAAUAACUGAACAAGAUAACCAAAGAAAUUCGCAUGAACGUGAAGAUAAAUUGCAAAAUGAUGCUGACUCAUCAUCAAAAUCAAUAAAUGAACCAAAGACCUGGAAAUACCAAGGACCCCCUUCAAUAAACGUCUCAACAUGGGGGGAUAGACCAAAAUCUUUAGUUCACAUAAAAAGCGACAAUGAUUACAUUUUUGGGGGAUCUUCCAAAAUUUCGGCGCUACAGAAGAGAUUUAGUGGAUUAAAUGAACAACAAAACCAUACCUCAGGAAAACCAUUUCAAAAUCAAACAGAACAUUGCAAUAGUAACUCUUGCAAGUUACCAGUCGUGCGUAGUGUUGAAUACAAGAAGAACAUUCCAGUAACAUCAGAGAAUACACAAGAUUCACUGCAACGGCCGUUCCGAUCAAGUUAUGAAGUAUCACGUAUUAUCUCACAAAAAACAUUACAGGAAAAAAUGCGAACACCCUACGCGACAACAACACUGAAUCGAAACAAAAAUGCCAAUUAUAGCUCCGAUCCAGUUCCUGGAAAAUCAAUUUUAAAAUAUUCACUAGCGAAUCGGGUUGAAAGUGCCGAUGGGCACCCAGAAAUGCAGUCUCCAGAUCAGCUUGAAAUGGAAGCCAAAAAUGAUAGAACGAAAGGUGUGCAGAGAGUCAAAGAUAAAGAAACUGAAUUCCCUGUUAAAUGCAGUAUCAAAACAAUUGAAAAGCCAAUGUUUUCUCAAUUAACUCUUCGCAAAACUGGUUUGAAAGAGAAAAUUCUCGAUGAAAGGAAUGAAUGCCAUGUCACUAAAGGCUUGGGGAAUCACAAUGAUUGCUCAAAGAAUACCACGAUUGCAUCUAAAGCAAACGAAAUUCCAACUGCACCCAAGCCACCUCCAAUGCCCAUUAAACCUUCAAAACGGCUACCAUCUACAGGAGAUCCACGAGCCGACUUGCUAAAUUCUAUUCGAAAAUUCAAUCGUGAUGCGCUUAAACGAAAUUGCAUAUAUUAAUAAUACAUUGUUGAAAAAAUUUAUUUUAUUGCACAAUUUACAUUACCUACUUUAUGCUGGCAUACAAUUAUUAUCAACAAAAGAAAACACACACUCAAAAAAGCAUAGACGUAAAUUUACAAGAUUUUUUAGCAAAAGGGUUCAUUGGAAUUGUAUAAAAGUGUAUUUUUUUUUAAAUUUUGAUGAAUUGAAAACAAAGCAGGAGGUUAUAUUUUAUUUAUUGAACAAUGUUCAGCACAAAGUAUAAACAAAUAAAAAAAUUUUAAAACAAAGUUGAAACAAGCACAUAAAAUAAAAAAGAGGAUUAUAUGCGAUUUGUA